GUUCAGAUUGAAUUCAUGAACGAUUUCGAAGUACAUAGACAAUAUGCAGAAGAUGACGAAGUAGAGGUUCUGUCGCUUCCAUACAAGGACGUAUCUUAUGGCUUUAUUCCUUGUCGUUGCUCAAAUUCUGAGGAGCUUUUCACUCAGGUUACAAUUCCUAAAAUGAAGAUCGAAACCGAUUUCGAUUUAAAACAAGCACUUAUGAAUAUGGGAGUCACCGAAGUCUUCAGUGAUAAUGCGGAUUUGAGUGGAAUAGCAAGUGAUCCGCCGCUGAAAGUUUCAGAGGCUGCGCAUAAAGCCAUUAUUGAGGUGGACGAAGAAGGUACCACAGCUGCUGCAGCUACACUUUUCAAAAUCGUCCCAAUGAUGGCGAUUAUGGAAAGACCGAAAUUAUUUGUCGCUGAUCAUCCGUUCAUGUUUCUUCUUACCAAAAAUAACAAUCCUUUGUUCAUUGGACAGUUUGUAUGA